AUGAAAUUAUCCUUUUGUCAAUGUCGAAGAUGGCAUAAUUUACCACAGAAUAAAAACAACAUUUAUCAACGAUUAUACGCUGCCACAUAUCGAUCAUUAUCAUCAUUAUUAGCUCCAAUCUGUUCUCAAGUUUUAUUCAAUGAUAAUAAUAUACAAUCUAAAUAUAUAUCUCCAAAAGGUUUAUCUAGUCGUGUUAUACCAGCUAGAACAUUUCCAAGCACAAUUUUAGCUUUUGAGUAUUUAUACGGAGCUGCUUGUCCAAUACGAAACUUACCAACACGAGAAAAUACUAUUCAAUCACCUGGUUUAGUAAAUCCACAUACAAAUGAAGAACGUCAAGCAAAAAUAAAUACUAUAUGUAAUGUUACACAAAGAUUCUGUACUGAAACAUUACAACAAUAUUCAAAUAGAGAAGAUCAAGGAAAUGUUAUUUGCCGUUUUAUUCAUACAUAUUUUGUACCUUUAUUACCAUCUAUACAUUGUUCACAUGUGGGUCCAACUGGAGGAGGAGCAUGUACUGAUAAAACAAUCGACUUUUAUUAUAAUCAAACAAAUUUUCUGGCUUGUGCUCAUAAACAAUAA